CGCAGAUUUAUUCAGUUUACAACUUUCGCUUGAAACGGACGUUCUCCGGCAAACGCGUUCGAGUUCUAAGCUUCGAGUGGCAAACAAUAAAAAAUACAAUAAGAGAGAAAAAAUAGAAAGAAAUAAUAAUAAUCUAAUAAAUCGGGACAAAUAAUCAAAAUCACGCGCACAAAAAAAUUAACUUAAAGGACCAACGCUGCGAAUGCGUAAUACAUUUUUAUGAAGAGAAGGCACAAAACGCUAUCCUACGUCAAAAUGUACAAAAGAAAGGCUUGAACCGACCGGAAAGGCAGCGCUAGCCUAGAGCAAAUAGAAAUUUCUUAAAAAUCGUAGGCAUUUGUUGUGAUUUGCGAUAAUAAUUAGUAUUAAUAGUUAAGGGUUCUCCAAACUAAUCAUCCGAACAUCAAAGAACAGCCUGCGGCGAGUUCAUCGCCAGCGUCUAGACUCCAGACCAAUAUCGUCAGCGGCUUAAUUAAUUUAACACGCUCCCCGAAAAACCAGUCAAAAUUGCGCCUGUUCGGGUUCACGCCGCGCCCAGCACCCCGCCGCCUCCAGCCGCCAAUCAAAACAACAACGACAACAACAACAAGUCUACGGAAACGAGCACAGUGGGUCACAGUGCCGAAAACACGGAAUCGCGACGCCGCAGCCGAAGCGGAAGCGCCAGCGGCAGUGGCAUCCACAAGAAGCGGAAGAACAUCUGGCCCUUCAAGAUGCGGGUGAAGGUGAGCAAGCGCCUGUGGCCCCACCGACAGGCGUCGACCAAAAGCGACAAGUUUCCACAGCCAAACGAAGUAACAGAAGGUGCCUUACAAGUCUGGCGAACUCUGCCGGAACGCAUUCGUCAGGAUCCCAGUCUAGCGUCCUUUCGCCAGGAGCAUGAACGUUUACAUGGCGAUGUUGACCCCUUGCCGGCGGAGGAUGGAGAUGGUCGGAUCGAGAAUGGACACCACGAGGAGACCGCAAUGGCCACCCACGCCUUCACCCAAAUCGGAAUCAAUGUGACAAACGAGGCGGGUCAGGUGCGGGUGCUAGACGGCAGGGACCUGGAGAACAACAAUGAGGAUCAGCAUGACGAAGCCGAAACGCACGGAAAGAGUUUGAUCCGAAAGUAUCUCAUUUGGUUCAAAAUAGCCGUUCUGCUGGUGGUCUGGUGCGUCUUUACCGCCUUUCUAAUGUCCAACAACGAGCACGUGGACCAGCUCAGCCUCAUCAGUGUUCCUAGGAAUAGCUCUCCAAGAGUGUUUCCCAUUGCCACAUCUGAUCUCCAAAGGAUCGGUCUGGGCCUGCGUGGUCCUUUCCGGCUGCAGGAGAAUGAGCUGGCCAUUAACGAUAGUGUUCCCUUGCCCGUGCUCCAAGUGGUGGUGAUGCGCAGCUACUUUGACGCCGAGGGCAUGGAGAUCUACAUCGAGAACGCCACCCAGUUGUGGCAGCUGGACGUGGUGUAUCCCCACCUGAUCGACGCCACCAAGGACACGAAGAAGCAGCGAACCUUCGAGCUGAGUCCAAUCGAUCCGCUGUGGCUGGCGCAGGCCAAUCGCACGGAACUGAGCUUCGAGUUCACCAGCACCAUCGACGGGGAGCUGCCGCUCCAGCUGAAUGUUGACGAGUGCCCGAUCUACAAGCGGGAUGGAGUAAUCUAUGCGGCGGCAGUGCUCUGCGGGCUGUAUAUUAUGAUCAUCUGGGAGAUUGUGAAUCGAACCUUUGCCGCCAUCAUCGCCUCAACGCUGUCAGUGGGCAUCCUGGCUGCCCUCAACUCACGUCCCUCGAUGGCCACCAUCAUGGGCUGGAUCGACGUGGAAACGCUUCUGCUGCUCUUCGGCAUGAUGAUCCUGGUGGCCAUUCUCUCCGAGACGGGCGUGUUUGAUUAUUUGGCCGUCUACGCCUACAAGAUAACCAACGGACAUGUCUGGCCCCUGAUCAACUGCCUGUGCCUCUUCACUGCGGUCCUGUCCUCGUUCCUCGACAAUGUUACCACCGUUCUGCUAAUGACCCCGGUGACGAUACGACUCUGCGAGGUCAUGUCCCUCAAUCCUGUGCCCAUACUCAUGUGCAUGGUCAUCUACUCGAACAUUGGCGGUGCACUGACUCCAGUGGGAGAUCCUCCAAAUGUAAUCAUUGCCUCGAAUAGCUACAUAUCCAAGAAUGGCGUCAACUUCGCUGUCUUCACUCUGCACAUGUUGCCCGGAGUGCUCCUGGUGAUGGUGCAGACAUAUAUCCAGCUGCGCUUCAAGUUCCGCAACAUCAGUGACCUGCAGUUCAAGGACUCGCCAGAGGUGGAGGAGCUGCGCCACGAGAUCCAUGUCUGGAAGCGAGCGGCGGCCAGCUUAUCGGCUUACUCCAAGGAUGAGGAGCUGGUGCGACAGACGCUCAUGAAGAAAGUGAAUCGUUUGAAGAGGAGCCUGAAGAAACGCAUGACAGCGGUUAUCGAACCUGCCCCGAAUUACCAGCAAACUCUGGCCAAUCUUCAAGCGAAGUAUCCAAUUCGCAACAAGCAGCUUCUGAUCAAGUGCUCGGCCGCCUUGAUCUUUGUGAUCAGUCUGUUCUUCUUGCACUCGGUUCCAGAGCUUCAAAGACUGUCCUUGGGCUGGACCGCUUUGCUGGGUGCCAUAUUCCUCAUUAUUCUGGCAGACAUUGAGGAUAUGGAGGCCAUUCUUGCCAGGGUAGAGUGGUCCACUCUCCUCUUCUUCGCUGCUCUGUUCAUCCUUAUGGAGGCACUGACGGAGCUGGGCCUGAUUGAAUGGAUUGGCAACAUGACCGAGCACAUUAUUCUGAGCGUAGGCGAGGAUCAGCGACUUAUGGUGGCCAUUUUAAUAAUACUUUGGGUUUCUGCUGUGGCUUCCGCUUUUGUCGACAACAUCCCAUUGACCACAAUGAUGGUGAAGAUCACCAUUUCCUUGGCGCAGAACAGUACCUUGAAUCUGCCUCUGCAGCCCUUGGUCUGGGCCCUCGCCUUGGGUGCCUGUUUGGGAGGUAAUGGAACAUUGAUUGGAGCAUCUGCGAAUGUGGUUUGUGCCGGAGUGGCCGAACAGCAUGGCUAUAAGUUCACUUUCCUCCAGUUCUUCAAAGUUGGCUUUCCGAUAAUGAUUGGCAGCAUUAUAGUCACCACCGGUUAUCUGCUGGUUUCGCACUCUCUGUUCGCGUGGCAUUGAUGAAAAGCCCCCGUCUAGGAAUCGACUGUGUCGAUAUCCCACCAAGGCGCACUUUACCUCGUGUUACCAAAACGAACAGAAACUGUUCCAGAUGCCACACCCAUCGUGUUUCGGACCCAAUAUCAAACAAAUUGGCACCAAGCUAUAGAAAAUGGAAUACCUUAUACCCUGGCUAUAAGAACUAAUUCUAAAGUAAAUCGUCGCAACCAAACCAAACAAAAACACAGAAACAGAAUCGAAGAAUAUUAUAUAAAAAAUACAUUUAUUUUUACACAUCGUUGUUAGUGUAGUGUGUAGUUUAAAUAACAAACAAACAAAACAAUUAAGAAUACUAAACUAAAUAUUAAUUAAUUAUUUACAAUUAAUAAUGUCGCUGAACUGUGAAACAAUUGUUAAAUGUUUAAUGUAUGAAUACAAACUAAAUAAAAAUGAAACAUACCAAAA